AUGGAUAGUAUUAAUAUUCUAUUAGAUCAAAACAUAAAACUUUCAAAAAAACAAGAUCAAACUAAUGAAUUACUUUUCUCAAUAAAUAAAAAACUUGAAUUAAUGACUGAAAAGGAUGCCAAUAUAAAAUUUAAGGGAGACAUUAAUAAUAUAAAAAAAAUUUUACUUGAAGAAUAUGUCUAUCCUGAUCAAAAUGAAAUUAUAGAUGUAUCAUUUAAUUAUUUCAUUAGAAAUAAGAAAGAUUGGUUUCAAAAAAGAUUUGGAUCCAAAAACAACAAAUUUUUGUCUUGGUUAGAAACCAAUGUUUCUAAAGAAAUUUACAAUCAAUUAAGAAAGAUGUGUGGAACUACUACAGCUAAUAUAAAAAAAAAUAUGUUCAUUAUUUUAGAUCUACCAGAAAUUAAUAUGAACUCUUUACCAACUGAAAUAAUUAAAUGGAAAAAUAGUCCAUCUACAAAAGGUGCUUAUCGUACUUUAUUUCUUGAAAAAGAUGGUCAACCAAGUCAAAUGGACCAGAUUAUUAAAAAAACAUGGAGUAAAAAUUUGGAAGUAACUGAUGUACUUGCAGCUUAUGCAAUCACUGUUGUUGAAAAUCUUUUGAAUCCAAAGAUUCUAUCUAUGAAAGUUAGGAAUGAUGAAAAUUUUACAUUACAUAGUGAUGGUGGUGAGGAUGAUUCAGAAGAUGAUAUUGAUACUAAUGACAACAACAGAAACAAUAUUAUUAGUGAUGAUGAUU